CACGCCCAGCUCUGGUUCAUCCUCUCGCCGCUUUCAACUCCAUCAUGGCCGCCAACGCAUUGAACGGCAUCUAUCGAUGGGCGAUUCCCACAGCCGCCGCCUUCUCCCUCGCUUCCGCCUCCAUUUACGAUGUCAAGGGUGGCACUCGAGCCGUCAUCUUCGACCGUCUGCGAGGUGUCUCGGAUCAAGUCGUGAAUGAAGGAACACACUUCCUGGUGCCAUGGCUACAAAAAGCGAUCACGUUCGAUGUACGGACAAAGCCUCGCAAUAUCAGCACCACAACUGGCAGCAAAGACUUGCAGAUGGUGAGCUUGACACUGAGAGUGCUCCACCGUCCUGAGGUGCAGCAGCUGCCCAAAAUUUAUCAGAAUCUCGGACAAGACUACGACGAGCGUGUGCUUCCUUCGAUCGGAAACGAGGUGCUCAAGGCCAUCGUGGCCCAAUUCGACGCCGCGGAGCUCAUUACCCAACGUGAGGCUGUAUCAAAUCGGAUACGAGCUGAGUUGCUCAAGCGUGCCUCGGAGUUCAACAUUGCACUCGAGGAUGUCAGCAUUACACACAUGACCUUCGGCCGAGAGUUCACCAAAGCAGUUGAGGAGAAGCAGAUCGCACAACAAGAAGCCGAGCGCGCACGUUUCAUUGUGGAGAAGGCCGAACAAGAACGACAGGCGAACGUCAUUCGCGCAGAGGGUGAAUCAGAGGCCGCCGAAGUCAUUUCGAAGGCUGUGGCGAAGAGUGGUGAUGGUCUGAUCCAAAUUCGAAGAAUCGAAACACAGAAAGAUGUGGCGCAGAUGCUCGCAAACAACCCGAACGUCACAUAUCUGCCAGGUGGUGGGCAGGGUGGUCAAGAUGGCAGCAAGGGUGGUAACUUUCUGUUGGGACUGAGAUCAUAAAAUGUGCAACGGCGUAGGUGUGCAAGGAAAAUGUAGAAACAGCCAGCACUGGUGCGGACUGACGGCACAGUACGGCACGGACGUAUGAUACUCUUCUCUACUAAUGUACAAAAUGCAUCAUUAGCGUACGAUCAGACUCUCGCCUCGAGCCAGUCCAAAGUGGUCUCGAGCCAUCAGGCAUUCUCAAAGGCAGCGUCUCCCCAUCGAAUUCGAUGACCGAAUACAGUCCGCCGAAGGGUCUCAUCCUGAAAUUCACGAGGUCAGGACAGGUACAGCGAACGUACAGGAAACGAAUA